GAGGGCUGGCUGCUAGGGUCCGGGAACCGUGGGAAUGGUGUCCCCAGGCACAAAUCAGGCUUAGGUCAUUAUCUGUGGUUUUGCAGCUGUAGAGUCUGAGUGGACCUGGGUGGGAUGUGUCGCAGCUGCAGGGGAGGAGCUGGAGGGUCUGGGCCCAUUCUGCUCUGUAGGAGGUGGUGUCAGACCGGAGAGAUCCCCAGAGGCCAUCAGCCGGUCAGGAGGUGACUUCUGGUCUGGCGGUGUCCGUCCCCAAGAUAGCACUAUCCUGGGCCCAGACAACUACACUGGAGGGAACUGAGAAGGGGCGAGGUCUGAACACCGCAGCAUGUACACACCCAUCCCUCAGAGCGGCUCGCCCUUCCCAGCCUCCGUCCGAGACCCAGGCCUCCACAUAUGGCGCGUGGAGAAGCUGAAGCCGGUGCCCACAGCACGAGAGAGCCACGGCGUCUUUUUCUCUGGGGAUUCCUACCUAGUGCUUCACAAUGGCCCGGAAGAGGCCUCCCACCUGCACCUGUGGAUAGGCCAGCAGUCAUCCCGGGAUGAGCAGGGCGCCUGCGCGGUGCUGGCGGUGCACCUCAACACCCUGCUGGGGGAGCGGCCCGUGCAGCACCGCGAGGUUCAAGGCAAUGAGUCCGACCUCUUCAUGAGCUACUUCCCACGAGGCCUCAAGUACCGGGAAGGUGGCGUGGAGUCGGCGUUUCACAAGACCACCUCGGGCACCACCCCAGCAGCCGUCAGGAAGCUGUACCAGGUUAAGGGGAAGAAGAACAUCCGUGCGACCGAGAGGGCUCUGAGCUGGGACAGCUUCAACACCGGGGACUGCUUCAUCCUGGACCUGGGUCAGAACAUCUUUGCCUGGUGUGGUGGCAAAUCCAACAUCCUGGAGCGUAACAAGGCGAGGGACCUGGCCCUGGCCAUCAGGGACAGUGAGCGGCAGGGCAAGGCCCAGGUGGAGAUCAUCACCGACGGAGAGGAGCCAGCCGAGAUGAUUCAGGUUCUGGGCCCCAAGCCUGCUCUGAAGGAGGGCAACCCCGAGGAAGACAUUACAGCUGACCAGACCAACGCCCAGGCCGCUGCCCUGUAUAAGGUCUCUGAUGCUACUGGACAGAUGAAUCUGACCAAGGUGGCUGACUCCAGCCCUUUCGCCUCUGAACUGCUAAUUCCCGAUGACUGCUUUGUUCUGGACAACGGGCUGUGUGGCAAGAUCUACAUCUGGAAGGGGAGAAAGGCUAAUGAGAAGGAGCGGCAGGCGGCCCUCCAAGUGGCUGAUGGCUUCAUCUCUCGAAUGAGAUAUUCCCCAAACACUCAGGUGGAGAUCCUGCCCCAGGGCCGAGAGAGUCCCAUCUUCAAGCAAUUCUUCAAGGACUGGAAGUGAGGGUGGGGUGCGCCUCACGGCCCCCCCCCCCCGUCCCCCCCCCCCCCCCCCCCGUCCCCAUCCCUGCUCUCCUGCCUGUCUCCCCUCUGGCUGCUGAGUCAGCACUGAGGCGCCCUCUGGAUGCUCAAUAAAGGAGACCUUCCAUCGCG